UGGGGGUGGACGUGUUUGUGUUGUUUUUUUUGGAUACACCUGUGGACAAAAUUAUUACGAUUUUGAGUCGUUUUUAUAGCCGAAAUAUUUAAUUAUUGCUCGAAAUUAUUAGCGAAUUAUGUGUUCGGUGGUGUAACUCUCAUUUGUACGUUUUCCGAACUUUCUAACAAAUGGCAAAUCUUGUUUUAACAUGUUUUCGAAGCUGUUUCGAAAACAGUGGAUUUCAUACCACUCAAGUCAGCGAAAAAGACCACAAUCCUAUAUGCUUGGAUAAUAAUUAUAUGGGACACGAAGUAGUUAUUAUUAAAGAUGGAAUUCGAGCUUGUGGAAGCGGUGGUGUAUUGGGCAAUGCUCCAUUGGUGCAAAGUAAAUCAUAUUUCGAAGUAAAACUACAGCAAUCUGGUAUUUGGGGCGUUGGUUUAGCUACGAGAAAUGCUAACCUAAAAGUUACUCCAGGAGGUAACGAUCCAGAAUCAUGGGUAUUCUGUUACGAUGGUGUUUUGAGACACAAUAAAAAAGAAUUGCAAGGAGUUACCAAACGAGCUACCGAAGGAGAUGUAAUUGGCGUAUCUUUCGAUCACAUCGAGCUAAAUUUCUACAUUAAUGGGGUCUGUCUUGAAGCGCCUAUUACUGGCAUUAGAGGUACCGUUUAUCCGGUCAUUUUUGUCGACGACGGUGCGAUAAUGGAUAUUAUCUUGGAUAACUUUAUUUACUCACCUCCGAGUGGAUUUCAGAAAAUUAUGAUAGAGCAGUCUUUAUUGUGAGGUGCGAACGAUCUGGGAUUUUUAUUUUAUUUUAUAAGAUCUGUUGAAUGUGUCUGUUGUUUUAUUGUUUUAUGUACCUAUUUUUAAACGCAAUAUUAUUAAUUUGGUUGAUGGUUGAUUACUCGAGUAAUCUGCGUUUUAUUUGUUCUAACUUUUUAAUGGAUAUCAGAAUAAUUGCGAAAUUUAUAAAAGACAAGAAUAUACCUAUGAAACAUGCAUACUUAAUUAUAAUGUGAUUAUCGAAAAUUAUGUGCAACUAUAUGAUAUCGACGAUUAAUUGUUUAUGUAUGUGCAUUUAAUGAUAUUUUUAAUUUGCUAGGGAGUAAGCAUCACAACGAUACGUACGUAGUCACGUACUUAAUAUUUAUUUUGACGUAAUUUUACUUUUUAUACUCAUUAAAAUGAUUAAUCUGCAAGGAACUGAAUGCCUCGUUAUCAUUUUAACAAUAUGACUAGUCUAAAAGUAUAGUAUUAUUUUUUUUUUUGUAAAUAUGUACUAUAUUUUAAAACCAAUGCAAUGUAUAUUUUUUGUUAAAAAUUUAAUAAAUUAUACUACGAGUGGGGAAA